UCUUGAUAACCAACACAACACCCCAAAAUAUAGCUUCUCCUUCCCCUUUUGCUGUCAACUUCUCUACACCAUUAAUAAAGUUCUUGCCUUUUUUCAUAUAAAUUUAACUUCAGAAUACUUUGAAAUUGUUUGGCUUGCAAUGGAAGAUCAUAAAGAGAAGGCAACACCAUGGCUAUCUGUGCCACAAUUUGGGGACUGGGAUCAAAAAGGAGCAUUGCCAGACUACUCAAUGGAUUUCACAAAAAUAAGAGAAAAUAGGAAACAAAACAAAUCAAGAGCUAGUCUUGGAAAUGAGGAAGAAUUCAAUUCCAUCUCAACUACAAAUAAUAAUAAUAAUAAUGUGAAUACAAGCCAUUCAGCCCAAAGCAAUGAUCAAAGUUACCAUCAAAAACAUUCUCCAACUACAAGGAAAAGCAUUUUCAGUUACUUCAAUUGCUGUGUGAAAGCUUGAAGAUACAUGAGAUUGAUUUUGGUGUUCUAUGUAAUGAUAUACAUGUACCAAUAUAUAUUAAUAUAUAAGUUGAUUUCAUUCCCCACGUUUUGAAUUGUUUUUAGA